GAGCAGGUGAAGCGAGUGGCCGAAAACCUGCUUCGGUGUCAGCCGACUGCAAUUGUCUUUUCAAUGCUCUAUCAGUAGCCAUUGUUGGAAAUGAAUCGCUUGCGAAAGAGUUGCGCGUAAGAGCGUUCAUAGAAUUGUCUGAUGGUAAGAAAUUUUACGAAGCUGAGUAUAAGUCAUCAGAUUUGAAAGAUGUAGCUCUUUGUUAUGAAAAGGAGUUCAUGGAUUCCGCAAAAGUUGGAGCUUAUUCGACAACGUGGAAUAUACAAGCAGCUGCAACAGUGCUCCAAAGAAAUAUCAUAACCAUCUGUCCUACCAAGACGACAGUAAAAGCACUUAACAGAACGUUUCGUCCACGAGGUUCCGCUAGAUCACGUCCCACCGUUUACAUUAUGUGGACCAGUGCGUCUCGGGCGGAGAAUGGAAACUGGAACCUAAACCAUUUUGUUCCACUCCUCAUUGACUCAGCACAGGUAUAUGUAUUUAUUUGGAAUUUUUAAACCGAUUACAUUUCCACAUUUCAGCCCCGCAACAUAGUCAAAUAUACCUACAGAAGAGGUUUAAAUGUGUAUCACGGAACCACAGUAACUAGCUCAAGUAAUACGAGUUUCCUUCCUUCAUUUCUUUAUUAGUUUUUUUUAUGCGCGGGAUUCGUGGUCAAGCAGCAAACAAGUGACACAGAAAGUGAACCAGGUAAUAGACAUUUAUAUACUUUCAGAUAAUAAUUUUGAGCAUCUAUUAUUACGAUGCAAACUUUUUGAGUCUUGAGUUGUUCAUUCUAUAACACUACACUGACAUUGGAAAACACAUAGUUUUUAUACAUGCAAGAAUAAACAACUCUUUCUAGUGAAGCUAUUGCCACCGCACUUGCAAUUGUAUACUAACUUGCCCGUAUACAAUAGCCUCCACUUUUACACACGAAAUACAUAGGGAGGAAAUAUUCAACUUAUUAUACGUAGCCAGGGCCGCCGAUAGAAUUCGCGGAGCUCGGGGCAAAUCUUCUCUGGGGCCCCAUGACAUCAUUAUUUUUAAGCUAGUCCCACCUAGAUUGCAUGUAGAGUUACUGCAAGGGGCCCCCGAUUUCAAAAAUGCAAUUUUAGGUUCUCUCUCUCAUGUUGGGGCCCUAUAAUUAAAGUCCCCACCUUAAUUAUAGGGCCCCAACAUGAGAGAGAGAGAACAUAUAAAAUUGCAUUUUUGAAAUCGGGGGCCCCUUGCAGUAACUCUACAUGCAAUCUAGGUGGGACUAGCUCUAGGUGGGACUAGCUAUAAUUAAGAUGGGGACCCGGACAAUUUGCCCCCUACCACCCCAUCUCGGCGGCCCUGUAUAUAGCAACUGUUUGUCGACCUCGUGCCGUCAAUAAAGCGGUCAUUUUUAAAACUUUAUAUAGUUAUAUUUAUUUUAACGGCCCAAUAGAAUUUGUUGCUCCAAUUUCUUUCAUCCUUGAGCCUUUAUCAACAACGUUUAAAAACAACCAUUUUUUACAGUACAUAUUGAGUCGAGCAGUCAUUGCAGAUGAAAAAUUCGUGAAAUAGAUUACUCUAGAUUGUUUCAUCAAACCACUGCCAAACCAUAUAUAGCCUACACGCCCCCAUAUAAAAGUUGAUUAUCUCAAUUGACCACGAGAGGGCCACUCUCUAUUCCCGAAACGUUCGAAAUUAACUGCUUUAAUUGUUGAUCACGAGGUCUUCAAAUAUUAACCGAGCUGCCGGGUUUUCGUAAUUUCGAGUGAAAAUCCCCCCCCCCCCUUUUUAUCCUCUAGUGAAACCGGAAUGUUAAAGCAAAGCUUGAAGGCCAGUUCCAGUCUUUUCAUGCAUGUGAAAAGCGCGGUCAAUCCGUCAACAAGAAUAUGUAUUAAGUUCUUUGUAGGUUUGCAUGGCGAUAAAGCAUAUAACACUUUUGUCAGUUGUAGAAACACCACGUAAAGAAUAAAUUAGUAAUAAAUUUGCGUGGUGUUUCCACAAACUAAAGUAUUAUAAGAAUAUGAAUUCUUGAAAAUCGGCUCAAACUUCACAAAAAAGCUUUUCAACUGCGCUGAAAACUUUCUAUUAAUGCAUUUAUUCAAGUGAAACUUCCUAGUAGACUUUACUUUUAGCUUUUUCUUAUUAAAACGGCAUGCAAGCUCCCUGAACUGGUCUCGCAAUGCAUAAACACGCGCGUAUUGCCAAGAAAAAGAUAGGCUGUUUAGCUGUUUAAAGUUUAGCUGUAGGUAUAGCGUUCGAGCUACUGUAUAUUCAUUUCACUGGUAUCUCUGUUAUAAAUAGAAGGCCAUUGUAUAUGGAUCAUAUGCAUGCAAAUUAGUGUUCAAGCGCUGGCCAUGUUUUGCUAAUCUCUGGUAAUGAGUGAUAAGAACUUACUCAAGAACCUAAGGAGUCUAAUUUCAUGUACAUACGAUGCCCAACGAUUCAUCGCACGAGCCAACUCGCAAACUCGCUGCUGCGAGUUCUUUCAACUAAUCACAAUGCUCGACAGCUGUCAACAGUCUAUUUUGAUUAGAUGCAAUUAACUCGAGUUGAUUUUUGUGAUGAGAUGGACACUAAAUGUCAAACAUUUAAAUAUGGGGAAAAACAGAUACAGUUGUAACGCUUUUGAGUUUGAAAAAAUAGAGGAUGCAUAGUUGAAGCAUUAUUUAUUGAACGUUCUCUGUCUCUGACUUAAUAUUUAUUUCUACGAGCUUUCGGCUCUCAGUCUAUAGCCUUCGAUGGGUGUAUACAAAUGAUUCUAUAAAGGACGCUAAACUCAAGUGGGUGGUAUAAUAUCUGAGACUAUCUAUGCUAUGCGUAGAUAGUCUCAGAUCAUAGUAUCUCAGAUCAUAGAUAGUCUCAGAUCAUAGUAUCUCAGAGAUCAUAGUAUCAUAGCACAGAUAGUCUCAGAUUUCAUAACACCCACUUAAGCGUCCUUUAUACAAAUCAAUAAUUUGUAUGCAUCCGUCGAAGGCUGUAGACUGAUAGCCGAAAGCUCGUAGAAAUAAAUAUUAAAUCAGAGAACGUUCAAUAAAUAAUAUACUUUUGAGUUUACCAAAUGCCAAAUGCUGUAAUCGCAACUAUAGAGAAAUGCAAAAAUUCUACAAGACAUUUACUUCCAAAUUAUUUUAUUGAAGAUCUCAUUGACGGCUUUGUUGCAACGCAUGACCUCUGAAGAACUCCAUUCAUACUGAAUAUAUAUACCUGAACCAAAAUUUCUAUUUGCAAUAAAUACAAUUUUGUAAUCUCAUUUGCCAAUAAAAUAAUAAUACAUACAGUCUGUCAUUUGCAGUGUUUUAUGGACAAGGUUAAACAUCAGAAGAUUUUAAAUUUUAUUUUCUGGAUUUCUUAAAUUUUACUUUUAAUUAGUUCAAGGUUUUUUGCAGAAAUUUUUAGCAUGAUGACAACACUCUCUUUGUGAUAGUAACUCUAUUUCUCUUGUCUCAUUGUUCAAAUUGUUCCAUAAAAUUGGUUAUAAAGGACCAAUUUUAUGGAACAAUUUGAACAAUGAGACAAGAGAAAUAGAAAGUUGCAAACAAUUUUCAUAUUGUAUAACUAGUUUAGAAUUACGUGAUUCAAUGUUUAAAUAGAACUUUAUUAGUAUAAUCUAACUAUAGAUAGAUAAUUAUGUAACCCACGACCCUAUCAGCUCUGUCUGUAUUAAUUAUCGUGGUUAAAUAAAUGCUUUAACUAACUCCUAGUUUUAAUUAAAUGCAACCACUCGAGUUGAUUUUGCAAUCAGUAGAAACGAGCCCAUGGGCGGUUCUCUGUCCCGGUGUCUGAACUAUUUUGGCUUUAAUUUUCUUUCGAAAAACGGAAAGUAUAAUUUUCCUACAAAAAUAAAGUGAAGUAGAUAUCAUUUCGGCCCAUCGCAAAACAUGAAUUACUUUCAGCAUGAUACUAUGUGAGUGAGAGUAUAGCUGUAUUCGUGCUGGUGGAAUAUUAAAGUUUGAAUAUAGAGUUAAUAAUCUUGUCGGCGGAUUAAAUUUUGUUUAAAAAGGGCACACAACUUAGGUAGCAAAUGAACAACCAUACCAUCAUAACACUAUUCCUACCCUGUUGUUUAUUUUGUUUACCAGCAAAAGUUGUCGUCGCUGAAGAUACAAAGGAAAAGCAAGAAAAAAGCUCCAACAAAGAGUCUGUUGUAAAGAAGAAAGCAGGUAUGACUAGUAAGGUGUUUCUUAAACCGAUAUUAAAUGAAUUCUUCAGAUGCAAAAUACAACUGUCAUCAUAUAACCUAUAAUCAUAUAACCAAGACGGAGAUCCAAAACAAUUGAGCGUGGAAGAUGCCGCCAAGAACUUGAUCGAACUAAAAAAGAAUACGAAUAAAAUACGUGAUGAUUACAAACGACAGAAGGAACAUAUCACGAAGCUACAGCCCCAUGAAGAUGGCUACAAGAUGUUAAAGUAUCGUGAAAGAGUAAGUUAUAUACUAUAUUUCCUGUUUCAUAUACUAUUCGUGCAUGCAUGCAUGUUACAGCUAGUAAAGAUAUCAGAGCAUUAUCUAAGAUUUUUUCAGUGGUGGGGAAUAACUUGUAAAAGGGCCCAUAGCCCCACCAACUGCGGUCAUCCCCCCAGCAAAGCCCAAGAUUUGAAGUUCUAAAUCCGCACAGGUAGGAAUUUGAGGCGAACCCCUAACAGUGAACUCUAUAUAUCUGCGGCAAGAACUUCAGUCAUUCGGGCUACGAGAGAAGUAAGGCUAAGAUGGUAGAAAUUGACGUGGAAUAUAGCUAUGGAGGUCGUAAACAGUUUUAAUACCAUUUUUCCAGCUGAUUCCAGUUUUUAUCUAACGUACCGUAUCGUUAAACAAGUUACCAGUUCAUAAAACCAUAGUGUUAUUCCUUAAAUCGAUGUCAAUUUUCGCCCACUCCAAAACAAUAGAAAGGGACUGGAACUGACGUCUAAUAAAUCUUCAAUUUCCGCCAUCUUGGACUCGAGUUCUCGAUCCAGAUAUAUAUGGAGCUCACUGACCUGUACCCACCAACACCGCGGUCAAUCGACUACAUUUAUUUGAAGGACUGGAAAUAGUAUUGUCUUCAUGAGGCUUUAGCAAAAAGUGUAAAGAAAAUUGCGAGAGUGUAAUAAACUAAGUACAACUUCGUCCUGUCACAAGGAAAAAGCGAUGAAAUCCCUGCGCUUAUUCACGUUCAGCCGUUUUCUGGCCUCAUAGUAAACUUUUUCUUUUCCCGUAUUUACUCCUAUUUGUUUGGCAGAUAUUUUCCUCGCCAUUUUCGUAGACUCGCGUACGCACUUUACGUUUGACCGUGGUGUUGUACCUACCCCGUCGGUAUUUUCGACUAUUGCAAACUGCUGUUGUAGAUCCUAUAUAGCUAUCUUUACGGCAGGCAGUAUAGGGACCAGCUUACUCCGCAGGUCUUCAUGCUUCAUUGAAGGUCACAAUUCAAGAAGACCUGUGGAAUCUUGUAAACAAAAUGGUGUACAACACGCUCAUUACUUGUCAACAUGAAUAACAAGUUUUAAAGAAAUUUUAAACGCUAAAAGUUUAUUUACGAACUAAAACUAGUGCAAAGGUUGAAAAAUUGUUGAUUACACUUUCUUUCACCAAACACGAGUUUUCUUUAAUUGCGUUGUUGCAGAUGACCAAGGAUGUUAAGGAAGACUUCCGAAAAUAUCAGUACACGAAGGAUGGCACAAGUACAUCCAAAGUAGAGAAAAGAGGUAAUGGCGCUGCAAUAGGUACGAUUGCUGGAACAAAAAUUCAUUCCGAGCUUAGUACACACAUAAGGAGUAAAGGCAAAAUCUCAACACCACGAGCCAAAUAUAUAAUAGAAAGAGUUGAAUUAUUUUUUCGAGAGUACCAGAAUUCCGAGAAAGAUACUCCCAAAGAACAAGGCGAAAUUAAAUUCCUGGAAGCCGAAUUCCCUUUUGUCGGCUACAUGACCCACAAAAUCAAAAACGAAAGACCGGAAAUUUAUUUCUGGGAUGGAAACGCUGACGCAAUUGGAUUGUAUAAAGGCAAUUACGUCAUUAUAGACUGGAAGGUGGUCGACCUCCCGGAGUUCUGGAACAACGCAUAUGGAAAGUAUUUACACCAAUGUUUAGUUUAUGCUUGGCUUUUGAAGCUACAUUUGGGACUUGAGAAGCUACCAUACAUUCUAAUCGUUCCAAUUCACUCCGUAACUGAGAAAGACAUUGACCCUGGCUUGUUUUAUGACUUUCCAAAAGAAUGUAAAGAUAAAUUAGAGGAACAGUAUAAAUGGUCAACGAAUUUAGAUGGAUCUAAACAGGAAGUGAUAAUGAGUCUACCAAGUACAUUGAUUAAUAACAAUAUCGCUGUCAAGAACUUUAUCGAUAAAAAAAUAACACUGGGCAGCUUAUUUAAACCUGAUUGUACAUUAAAACAACUGCUGGAUGCACUUGGACGUGCUAACUUGAAAGUUGAAUAAUCACAAUGCAGUCAAACAUGAACAAUGCUUUACCAAAAGUUACCGCUUAGAAUUAAAAAAAUAACCUCCCCCCUCAAAAACAAAUCACCAGAAGUAGCGGUGUUUUUAAACAGACGCUUAUGGGGACUAGGUAUUGUUAAUAUUGAAAAAAUUAGGAUCCGAGGAAGUUUAGACUUUACAGAGAAACAAAGCACUUACAUACAUACCUUCAUUCUAGAAGAGGUUUCCCUGAUUUGAAUUGCAACGUAUUUAGAAUCACAAAAUUAGCUACUCUCAAAGGUAAAGCGGUCCGCCGAUUACGUAAAGGGGAGGUUACUUUCAGAAUUCCACGGUAUACAAUGACUUCAAGCUGAAAACACACUUUGUGUGACAAUGAACAAGUUUAAACUGAUUUUUUUGUGGUUUUCCAUGGCGAUAAUCAAUAUGUUUUGGUUUGAGGACAACAUGACAUAUAUUUAUUAUUUCAAAGCUUUCGAUCCGUCCGAAUCUUCAUCAGUACCAACAAUAUCAUAUUAUAUUAAUUAGUUUUAAGUAGCUAAAAAAUUUAUAUCAAUAAAAUUGUUACCUGAGUAUUGUUAAUUUCUUUUUCUGUUGCAUGCGACUCGUAAUCCUUCAGUUGUAAAAC